UUCACAUCCUUUCAAGCAACAAAGUCUUCAACAUGAGUACCAUCACUAUCACAGACACGGUGCUUCCUGCGCCUUCUUCUUCCUCCAAGAUCGGUAAGGUUCCGGUCGUCAAGGUAGACAAAUUUGAGUUAUCAGAAGAGGAAGAUGAGAGGACUUUCCACAACACUGAUGCUGCAUACGUCCUGCCGAACGACAACAUCGAACACCAAAGACUAGAACUUCAGCACAGGCUUCUACGGCAAAUAAUGGGCAAUAAAGUCUUCCACGCCCCUCUUAGCAAAGACGCCGUACAUAAGACUCUUGACAUCGGGUGCGGCACGGGCGCAGUCACCCAUGAGAUGGCCUCCACAUUCCCCGACGCACAUGUUUUCGGCGUCGACCUAUCUCCUGUCCCACAAGUCAGGCAAAAGCUACCGAACAUUGACUACGUUCAGAGAAACAUCAUGGACAUUGCUGAUGAAAGUUUCGAGAAUGAUUUCUUCGAUCUCGUCUUCUCACGCUUGCUCGUGCUGGGCAUGUCGAACUGGAAAGCCUAUGUCGAGCGCUGUGUCUCGCUUACAAGACCUGGUGGUUGGGUCGAGAUGCACGACUUCUCCAACGCAGUCCAUCAUGUACCCGCGCAUGUCUCUUCCCUCGAACACCUCCGCCCCCAUUCUAUCACCAUCCCUGAGAUUGCAAACUCCUCCCACCCCACAGACGCAUACCAACACCCCUCGGCAUGGCUUUGGGACACGAUCUUCGGCAAGCUUCUCGCACUGAAAGACGUGGAUAUAUACUGUGGAUCCAAGAUCCCUUCACUUUUUGCUGAGGCUGGUCUCACUGACAUCAGGAUAAGGCGAUACAUGGUGCCCUACAGUAGGUGGGAGGGGUUGACCAGAGAAGAGAAGGAGAUGGCGAAUUAUUUGGAGACAUUCAUGAGGGAUCUUAUUCCGGUUGCUAUCAGGAAGGCAGGAGAGAAUGCUGGGCCAGAAUACGCGAAGGAUGUCGAGGAGGCACUCAAGGAUGCGAAGAGAUAUUACGAAGCGUUCGAGGGCGGGAGGAACUUCCUGUGGAUGUACGUUGUUUGUGGGCGGAAACCGGAGUGAUUGGCACAGCAUUCUUCAAUGUGAAAGUACAAGUCUUA